AUGGACAAGAGAAUCCUAGGCGCUCCCACAUUGGCCGUAUUGGGCUCCACAGAGAACCAAAACGGUGGGACCGCUGCGUUGCAUCAAUAUAGGAGUGAUGUGCACUGGGUGAUGGGCAAAUGCCAAACACCCAACCUGUUAACGGCCCAUGUAUCAGUGGAUCUGCGGGGCCAGAAUGAGCCUCAACAAGCCUCAGGUUGGUGUGGGAAACAGGAGGGCGCGGGCGUGGGUCCGAAGUGGACCGAGAUGAAUGAAUCGAAUGGUUUUCAGCGCCAGAACCAGAAAGGAACAUUUAAGCGUGUUCGUUAA